UUCACGCGACUUCUCACUUCAACCCGAGUUUACCGGAAGCCUUUUAACGGAGAUGCGCGAGUCGAGUUUUAGAGAAGUUUACUUCCUGUGUUUAAUUGUCUGGUGUCUCACCGGGUUGUAUUCUGAUGUUGAAUGUUAUCCACAGAUAGACUGUGAAGAAGAUGAAGACUACAGACAGAGUUCAGCGGUGCAGAGCUCUCUGUGUGGACUCAUGUGGGGAGACCAGAAAAAGGAGCAGAUUCAGAAUGUCUUUAAACGGUUCUUGUUUCACUACUCAAAGGCACAUAAUUCAGUAGGCACUGUUGAGAGACAGUCUCACUCCGUCCACCCCUUGAUGCGUCUUUCACCCAAGUUCACUCUGCGAAGGAAGAAACAGCAGCUUUUGUCUAGAUACUGAAGAUGACUUGUGGUCACUCAGACACAUUCGACCGAGAUUUAACUGGAUGUUCAGUGGGACGGUAACUUCAUGUGGACUGUAACAUAAUCGACUCUGUAAAUAAAUUCAAGCUCACAUGUGUUGUGUGUUCAUUUUCUCUUUCGCUCUCUCACAGCCACUUUUGUAUGUGUGUGCGCAUAUUCUGUUUUGUGUCACUACUGCAUGCUAACAUCAGUCCAUCUCAUUUUACAA